AUGGAUCAACUUUACUUCGACGGUAUGACAAUUUCAAGCAGAUUAGGGUUCCCAGAUUUGUUUAUCACCUUCACAUGCAACCCAAAUUGGCCUGAGAUUACACGGUUGCUGUCCCCGAAAAAUUUAAAACCUCAUGAUAGGCCUGACAUUGUUGCCAAAGUUUUCAACAUCAAGUUUAAAGAGCUUAUGGUUGAUUUAACAAAAAAACUUAUUCUUGGGAAAGUUUUGGCAUUUAUGUAUACAAUUGAGUUUCAAAAGCGAGGCUUACCCCAUGCCCACAUUUUGAUCUUCUUGCACCCCCAAAGCAAGUAUCCAACACCGUCCGACAUUGAUAACAUCAUUUGUGCCGAGAUUCCUGAUCCUACGCUUCAUCCUGCUUUAUACGCACUGGUAAAAUCACAUAUGAUACAUGGACCGUGCGGUCUUUCGCGGCCUAAUUCACGAUGUAUGAGAAAUCAGCAAUGUUCUAAAUAUUAUCCAAAAAAUUUCAUCGAAGAUACAGUUGUCAAUGCUGAAGGUUAUCCAUUAUAUAGAAGAAGAUCCAACACCCAUGUAAUUACAAAAAAUAAUAUCAAGUUGGAUAAUAGAAAUGUGGUCCCCUAUAACACUCGGUUAUUGUUGAAAUAUCAAGCACAUAUUAAUAUGGAAUGGUGUAACCAAUGCACUUCUAUCAAGUAUCUAUUCAAAUACAUUCACAAAGGAUAUGACAGAAUCGGUGCAAGUGUGGUAGCUUCUAAGUCAAACACCGGACUACAGCAUGAAUGUGUAGAUGAGAUCAAACAAUAUCUCGAUUGUAGGUAUGUUUCUCCGAGUGAAGCGUGUUGGCGAAUAUUUUCAUACAAGGUUCAUGGGAGGAAACCUGCUGUUGAGCGAAUGUUUUUCCAUCUCAUUGGUGAAAAGGCUGUCUAUUAUAAAGAUUGUGAACAAAUGGAGCAUGUCUUAGAGAGUGCAAGCGUAACAGAAUCUAUGUUCACGUCUUGGCUGGUAGCAAAUGCAAGAUAUGAGGAAGCCCAGUCAUUAACAUACGGUGAAUUUGUUACAAAGUUUGUUUAUGUUAAGAGAAACAGAUUGUGGAAGCCACGAAAAAGAGGGUUCACUAUCGGACGUUUGGUGUGGGUUCCACCGACAACUGGGGAACUUUUCUAUUUGCGGAUGAUGUUGACGGUGGAUAAGGGACCAACUUGCUAUGAAGAUAUCAGGAGGGUCGGUGAAACACAGUAUGACACCUUUCGAGAAGCAUGCUUUGCAAUGGGAUUCUUAGAUGACGAUCGAGAAUACAUAUGUGCGUUAAAGGAGGCAAGUGCUUGGGGGACAGGUCAUUAUCUUAGAAAGCUGUUUGUUGUUAUGCUCCUAUUAGGUGCCGUAAACCGUCCUUCCCAUGUAUGGAAAGAAUCAUGGAUUAUAUUGUCCGAUGGUCUCAUGCAUGAGCAAAAACUAAUUGCCAACAAUCCAGAUACACUAACUUUAACAUCCCAUGCUAUUUAUAUUCUUAACUACCACACCACAGAUUUGACAUUACCGGAUGACGCAAUCCAGCAGCUGACAUUGAUAGAGAUCGAAAAAAUGCUGCAACUGAACCAUCGUACCCUACAUGACUUCAAGCCCAUUCCUUAUCCGAAUGACUAUGUUAUUCAACAACUGGGAAACCAGCUUAUAUACGAUGAAAGACAGUACAAUAUCCAGGACAUGAAGGCGGAGUUUGAUAACCUAUUCAAAUCUCUCACUGAUGAACAGAGGAAGAUUUACGACCAAAUCAUGGAUGCCGUUAACAAACAAAAAGGUGGUGUCUUCUUCCUGCACGGUUAUGGCGGAACCGGUAAGACAUAUAUGUGGAGAACACUUGCAAGUGCAUUGAGAUCUAAGCAUGAGAUUUGUCUUACUGUUGCAACAAGUGGGAUAGCAUCUCUUUUGUUGCCAGGGGGUCGUACAGCUCAUUCAAAGUUCAAGUUGCCAGUUCCAUGUCUUGAGAACUCAACUUGCAAAAUUAAUUUCAAUGACCCUAGCGCUGGUCUUCUAAGGGAGGCAAAGCUAAUUAUAUGGGACGAGGCACCAAUGGCACACAAAUAUUGUUUUGAAACGCUGGACAGGACUUUGAAGGAUGUCAUGAGUAAUUAUAGUCACUCCGAAACUAUUUUCGGAGGGAAGGUUGUGAUUUUUGGUGGGGAUUUUCGUCAGAUAUUACCCGUUGUACCCGGAGGAAGCCGUUCUGACAUUGUCCAUUCAACAAUUAACGCUUCUUACAUUUGGCAUUAUGUUAAUGUCUUGAAUUUGACAAAAAAUAUGCGUCUAUCCUCCGGACCAACUGAAGAAGAUAAAAAGGAAAUUGCGGAUUUUUCAGAUUGGCUUUUAAAGAUAGGAGAGGGAAGAAUUUCAGAACCUAACGACGGUUAUGCUAACAUUGACAUACCGCCCGAGUUGUUAAUUACAGACUUUGAUGACCCUAUUCUAGCCAUCGUGGAGAGUACAUAUCCUGAUUUCUUAAAUUGUUACCAAUCGUGUGAUUAUCUAAAAAAUAGGGCCAUUCUUGCUUCAACUUUGGACAUUGUUGACAAUAUCAAUGACCAUAUCCUUGCGAUGAUUCCAGGGGAAAUAAGAAAUUACUACAGCUCUAACUCAGUUGAUCGAUCAAAAAUCCAUGACAGCAACAUUCUUCAGGUGCUUAGCCCAAAAUUCCUCAGCUCUUUAAGAACUUCCGGCCUACCCAACCAUCACUUAAAGUUAAAGGUUGGAACACCAAUCAUGCUUAUGCGAAACAUUGAUCAAUCCCAAGGUCUAUGUAAUGGGACAAGGCUUAUAGUAACUAAUAUGGCUGCUCAUGUGCUUGAGGCCAAAUUGAUGGGUGAUAACAAUAAUGGGAAGGUUAUAUAUAUCCCGCGAAUGGAUAUGUCCCCGUCUCAAUCUCCUUGGCCAUUCAAGUUAUCGAGACGUCAAUUUCCGGUUAUUGUAGCCUACGCCAUGACCAUUAACAAAUCACAAGGCCAAUCGUUGGAUUGGGUUGGACUCUAUAUACCUCGGGAUGUUUUCACGCAUGGACAGAUUUAUGUUGCCGUUUCACGAGUUACAACCAAAAAAGGCAUCAAGAUAUUGAUACACGAUGAUAAAAACAUCCCAAAGCUUUCAACAUGUAAUGUUGUAUAUAAGGAAGUUUUUAACAACAUUUAG